AUCUUUGCUGGUUUAAAGAUCAAGUUCACAUAAACUUUGAAGUCAUCAUCUAUAUAUAAACAACUAAACUUUCAAACCUUUUUGUCUUUGAAUUCUAGUUGAUAACACACACACCCCACAAAUUUUUAUACAACUUCUUUGCAUUGUUAUUAUCCAUGGUAAUAGUCUUAGGACACAAAUUUGCAAAACUCUACAACAAGCUGGAGAAUCACAACCACAACCACCACCAUCAUCAUCAUGAUUCUCAGGAGUUAUCAGCAUCCUUGAAGGCUUUCCGAGCCGAAGUUUCGAAUCUGGUUAACGAAUUAGCAUCAGAUUCGAAACCUGGAUCGGAAAUCCUAUCCUUAUUUUGGAUUAAAAAAUGUCUUGGAAUCUUACCCUUGAUCAACAAGGCUUUUACAAAGUUUACUUUGGAGAUAGAUUAUCCAAUGAGUAAAUGGGAGGUUGAUUCCAUUGAAGAGUAUCUCAACUACAGUUUGUGUUUGUUAGAGCUUUUCAAUUCAAUUUCUUCUUCUCUUUCUCAUCUUGAAAAAGCUAAGCUUUCUCUGAUUCAUAACUUGAAAUUACUAUUUGAGCAUUCACAAUCUUUACCUACAAGUCACCAUCUCAAAGCAAUUCAACCAAGUUGUUUGAAAACAAAAUUUGAGUAUGAGUUCUGUGAAAAAAGUCAUAAGGUAAGGUUUUUAAAAGGUAAGGAAUUGAUUGUUAAUGAAGCUGUGAAUGAAAUGAAGAUAAUUGGUUUCUGGGUUUGUGGAAUCUUAUUGUCUGGUUUGUGUAAUGAUGUUAAGCCAUAUAUUGAGGUUAAGAAAAUGGUAGAUGGGUUUGAUGGUUCUUCAAUUUUCACACUUGAUUCUAAAAUCAGUGAAGGGUUAGAUGAGAAAAAAUUGAUCUUGAAGGAGAUAAAGGAUGUAAAUGAUGCUGUUGAUUAUCUUCUUGUUGCUUCUGAUGAAGUGAAAAAUGAUGCAGCUAAGGAAUUGGAGAUAAAAGUGAACAAGUUUGUGAAGGUAUUUGAUGCUGUUAAAUCAGAGGUAGAUGAUCUUUUUUCUAAGGUAAUGGUUCUGAGAACUGAGUUGAUUGAUCAGCUAAGGAAACAAUGCUAGAAAUUUGUUACUUGAUUUUCCAUGUGAAGAUUCAUAGGUUAUAGGUUGCAAUUUUAUUUUAAUUUUUGAUGUUUUUGAAAUUGUAGGAUUAUUGUUAAGUAGUUUGUUUUAAGGGGAUUAUUGUAAAGUCAUGUAAAUAUCAAAUACAAAUGAUUUCUUUGAACAA